AUGCAAGAGAUGGAGGAGGGCGAGAUGAACCCCGACCAGAUGGUGCAAGGGAUGCAGGGGCAUAUGCCCUCGGCUGUAAUGCAGUCCCAGAUGCAGCAACAGCACGUCCAGCAGCUGCAUCGAUUCUGGAGUGAUCAAAUGCAAGAGAUUGAGGAUAUGACACAGUUCAAACAGAGCAAGAUGACCCUGCCGCUUGCGCGCAUCAAAAAGAUCAUGAAGUUUGAUGAAGAUGUCAAGAUGAUCAGUGCCGAGGCCCCUGUGCUGUUUGCUAAGGCGUGCGAGAUGUUCAUCCACGAGCUCACGCUGCGGGCCUGGAUUCACACCGACGAGAACAAGCGCCGAACGCUCCAGCGUAACGACAUUGCCACGGCCAUCGCCAGGAAUGACACGUUCGACUUCCUCAUCGACAUUGUGCCCAGGGAUGACAUCAAGGGCAAGAGGCCGGCGGAAGAGUCUGAAGAGGCCGGCCGCCCGGUAGUGACGCCAGAGCUGCAGCAGUACUACCUGCAGAUGCAGCAGCACGCGGCACUUCAGCAGCAGGCUGCCGCCGCCGACCCCGCGCAGGCGCAGCGCCUGGCCCUUGACCCGACGCAGAUGUACAUCUACCAACAGCAGCAGCUGAGGUACAUCCAGCAGGCCCAGAUGCUUCAGCACAUGCAAAUGCAGCAGCAAGGCCAGAUGGGCGACCAGAUCGAUCACGACCAGAUGAACGAAAUGUUGGAAGUGGAGGGAGUGGAGGGCCAGGGCUUGGGCGAGGGACACAUCGGGCACGGUGAAGCCGAGCACGGCCACCACGGCCAGGGCGGCCACGAGGGAUACAGCAACGGUCACCACGGCCACCCGCACGAACACGACCGCUACCACGAGCACGUCUCCCUGCCUCCUCUCAACCUGCAGCAACACCACCACGCCGUAUAA